AUGGAGGUUGGACCGGGACAGGGAGCGGGGUCGGGCUCCAGCCAGGCUGUGGAGGUGGAGUACCCCACCCAGGGGACAACUUCUCCAGCCGGGGGAGGAGGUGAUGCAAGGCUUGGCUCUUGCAAGCACAAUGGACUGAUCAACACCCGCAGCUUGAUGGUGGAGACUAAGGAAGGGCUGGUGUCUGUGUACUCGGCCCCCCAAUAUCAGGGUCACAUGGUGGUCAACCUGUCCCCCCAGCAGGAGCAGAAUGGCCGGGGAGUGGGCGGAGGAGGGGGACACCCACAGCUGCUCAACCCCAGCACUCUGCCCCAGGGCAUGGACCCAUGCUUCAGGCCCGACCUGAUCCUGUACUCUGAGAACACACUGCGGGCCUGGGGGGAUGGAGGGGUCGGGGAUUGCUGUGAGACCACCUUCAUAGAGGACUUGGCAUCCGGCUCCUCUGCCGCCUCCAAGGAUGCGGUGAUGUUUGCCGAUGGCAAGUUCCUGGACCUGUCUGUGGAGGAUGCAAAGAUCCAGACCCUGUCCUAUGACGAUGAUGAGUUCCAGGAGCUGGAGGUAAGGCUUGGGGCUCUGUCUUUUAUCAUAACACAUUAGACUGUAAGGGACACUACCGUUCACAGGUUUGGGGUCAUUUAGAAAUGUCCUUGUUUUCCAUGAAAACAUACAUGAAAUUAGUUUGACUAGGAAAUAUAGCAAAAUGCAUAGGAAAUGUAGUCAUUGCAAGGCUAGAAAUAAUGAUUUUUAAUUGAAAUAAUAAUUGUGUCCUUCAAACUUUGCUUUCGUCAAAUAAUCCUCUAUUUGCAGCAAUUACAGCCUUGCAGACCUUUGUCAAUUUGUUGAGGUAAUCUGAAGAGAUUUCAUCCCAUGCUUCCUGAAGCACCUCCCACAAGUUGGAUUGGCUUGAUGGGCACUGUUUACGUACCAUACGGUCAAGCUGCUCCCACAACAGCUCAAUAGGGUUGAGAUCCGAUGACUGUGCUGGCCACUCCAUUAUAGACAGAAUACCAGCUGACUGCUUCUUCCCUAAAUAGUUCUAGCAUAGUUUGGAGCUGUGCUUUGGGUCAUUGUCCUGUUGUGGAGAAAAUUGGCUCCAAUCAAGCGCCGUCCACAGUGUAUGGCAUGGCGUUGCAAAAUGGAGUGAUAGCCUUCCUUCUUGAAGAUCCCUUUUACCCUGUUCAAAUCUCCCACUUUACCACCACCAAAGCACCCCCAGACCAUCACAUUGCCUCCACCAUGCUUGACAGAUGGCAUCAAGCACUCCUCCAGCAUCUUUUAAUUUGGUCUGUGUCUCGCAAUUGUUGUUCUUUGUGAUCCGAACACCUCAAACUUCAAUUCGUCUGUCCAUGACACUUUUUUCCAAUCUUCCUCUGUCCAGUGUCUGUGUUCUUUUGCCCAUCUUAAUAUUUAAUUUUUAUUGGCCAGUCUGAGAUAUGGCUUUUUCUUUGCAACUCUGCCUAGAAGGUCAGCAUCCCGGAGUCGCCUCUUCACUGUUGACGUUGAGACUGGUGUUUUGCAGGUACUAUUUAAUCAAGCUGCCAUUUGAGGACCUGUGAGGCGUCUGUUUCUCAAACUAGACACUCUAAUGUAUUUCUCCUCUUGCUCAGUUGUGCACCGGGGCCUCCCACUCUUCUUUCUAUUCUGGUUAGAGCCAGUUUGCGCUGUUCUGUGAAGGGAGUAGUACACAGCAUUGUAUGAGAUCUUCAGUUUCUUGGCAAUUUCUCGCAUGGAACAGCCUUCAUUUCUCAGAACAAGAAUAGACUGACGAGUUUCAGAAGAAAGUUAUUUGUUUCUCGCCAUUUUGAGCCUGUAAUCGAACCCACAAUUGCUGAUGCUCCAGAUACUCAACUAGUCUCAAGAAGGCCAGUUUUAUUGCUUCUUUAAUCAGCACAAACGUUUUCAGCUGCGCUAACAACAUAAUUGCAAAAACGUUUUCUAAUGAUCAAUUAGCCUUUUAAAAUGAUCAACUUGGAUUAGCAAACACAACGUGCCAUUGGAACACAGGACUGAUGGUUGCUGAUAAUGGGCCUCUGUACGCCUAUGUAGAUAUUCCAUAAAAAAUCAGCGGUUUCCAGUUACAAUAGACAUUUACAACAUUAACAAUGUCUACACUGUAUUUCUGAUCAAUUUGAUAUUAUUUUAAUGGACAAAAAAAUGCUUUUCUUUCGAAAACAAGGACAUUUCUAAGUGACCCCAAACUUUUGAACGGUCGUGUAUGUAUGAAACGCAUGAAUGUAUUGCUGUAUUGUUAGACGUUUGUAUUAUAUUUUUGUAUUAUUGUAUUUAGAGCCAAAUACAAAUGGACCAGAUGGAUUUCUGAGGUUUUUGUUUGAAGGAGAAAGAUCUAUUGGGUCCUUUAAGCUGUUCACUAAGAGCACCCCUUUAUGCAGUAAACAGCUGAAUAUUACACACUGCUUGAAAUAUAAAUAUCAGGCUUUUUAAAGGCUACCUCAGCAUGAAAGAGGCUCCGUUGAGAGACGGGGCGAUAGGAGAGGGGGGAAAGGAGAUGAUAUGGUGAGAGGAGACUGAGGAGGAGAGAUGAUAGAGGGGAGCAGAGGAGAACUGGGAGGAAAAGUGUAAGGCUGUCUGGACCACUAGGUCCCUGCUGCUUCCGGCUGUGUCCACCACCUCUGAUUCAGCAGGCAUUUCCCUGCUCAGUAGGCCUCAGGACAGACCAGGCAGGAAAAUACAUGUACAUUAUGUGGGCUCAGGUGGCCGGCUUGUGGAUAUAGCAUUUCCCUAUCCCUGGGUCUAUGUGACCUUCAACGACUAGUUAUUUUAAUACAAAAUGUUUGCAGGAAACAUUUGAGUCAACACUAAAAUGCUGGUUUCUGGUGUUGCUGUGGUUUCUGGUGGUUGUCACUGGAGCAGUCAAGGUAUGCAACAUUUUUAUAGAUCAUUCUUAAUUUAAUAUGGUCUUUGUUUACUGUAUGUUGUAAAAUGAUAGGGAAAGCAAAAAAAACUCCCCCGCUUCAUUUUGACUUUAUUCAAAAGUAGUUCCUUGGAUUCUGAACGUGGGUUGUUUGAAAUAUACACAGCAAUGUAAUAAUAUGAGGUGCCCACAGAAUAAUUGUAGAUGACUACCAUCCUUAAAAUGUCAUUGCACAUACUGUACCUCAUACUUUGUAUACUUUUUACUCAGUAGCCAGCGCUCACAAGCCAAAAGUGGUCCCUGAAGAUUGCACACUACGUCACAAUGUAGAUAUGUGCACCACGUCAUUGCUUUUCACGCUGCUGUGUGUGCACCAUUAUCUGACGGUAAUGGGGAAACAGAGGCUAUGAAAAUAAAUAUCAGAAUUGAGCUACCUGUCUAAACAUAGCCUCUGUUUCCCCAUUACCGUCAGAUUCAGGCACUGUGUGUGGAAUGAGAUUAGUGAAUUUUUAGCAUCAUGCUCAGAAUCCAUCGGAAGUUAAUCAGCUACUCUGAGGAGGUGCAAUGAUUUGUUGUAGUGUCCUGCUAAUCCACCCUCCAGGACAAUAAUGCCCUCAUAAUUAAGGCCAUGCUUUUUUGGCUUUUUUAUGGGAGACACUUUGAUUUUACCAGUAUUUCAAGCCUGAUCCACUAGGUUUGCUGCAGGUAGAAAUCCUAGGAAUUGUUAUUUAAUUGACACAAGCUGUCUCCAAUCUAUGUCUGGUGGUGCGUGUGUGUUUCGUGGGGGGAUUGCCUAAGCAAGGGGAGGUGUAGCAGCGAAUACUAUUUGGAAGGGAAUACUAUUUGUAGAUCAGAGAUUCUACACCUCACUUUGCUCAAGCUGAUUGUAACUAAAAACAGGUCAAUUAGGAGCAGUUAAAGGGUAGAGUCAAUGAAACCAACCAUGGAAAUAUAUUGUAGCGAAUUCGGGGGUAGCCCAGACCGGUUUGAGAUGUCGGCUUUUCAGUUGCUGGACCCAGGUUUGAGUUUGCCCAUCAUUGUCCAGUUGGUAUGGCUGGUUGUGCCCCUGUCUGGGUGAAGAUAUGUACAGGGCCCUCUCGGUGCAAAUCGACUGCUAGAGAGCCCAGCUGUGCAAGCUCAGUGCCUUUACAAACCUGUGCUGAGGUGAGGAAAACAAGAGCCAUCUGUAGUCUAUACAGAAUGACAAUUAUUUCAACUAAACAUCAGCAAGGCCACCGUAUGCUGUGCUGUAGUGCAGUCUUCUGUAAACCGCUCACCUUUCUUGACCUCCAUCUAAAGUAGUUACUCUUUGUUCUUUCACAGAGCGAGUACUCGAGCGACUCGGAGAGUGAAGACAACUUUCUCAUGAUGCCACCGAGGGACCACUUGGGCCUGAGUGUCUUCUCCAUGCUAUGUUGCUUCUGGCCCUUGGGAAUCGCUGCCUUCUACCUGUCCCAUGAG